AUGAAUGCAGAUGGAACUAUGCGGGGAGGCCACCGUCUCCUCUUGGACAACCUGGUGAGGGCACCAUCGCCUUUCGUCCAAGAGCUUCGACGGCAGCAUCUGCUGGAGUGCGUGCUGUCCACGGAGAAGCUCCAAAGGGCGUUGCGGGUGAAUCGACGCAAUCCAGGAGGCGGCAACACAGGCGAUGGGGAUAAUGGCCAGCCCACCCUGACUCUUGGCGCCGAUUAG